AUGGAAAAAUCAACACUUCUGCGUUUCAGUGAUUUUGUUAAAGACUUUGAUUAUGAUUACUUAUCGCCAGAAAAAGCAUGGGAGGAUCUAGAAAAUGCGUAUACUAGUUAUCUUGAUACAUUAGAACAGACAACCUCAGAAAAAACGCGUGAAUCUAUAUAUGAUCUUCGACAAAAUUGGACCUCAACAAAAAAACGUACUCAGAAUAACUUCUUCAAUUACUGUUUACAAAUGCGCGAAAAACAUGCUGAACGAAAAGUACAAACAAUUUCCCAUAGUGCCGCAUGUAAUGCUAUAUCUGCUAAUGUGGAGAAGGUGGAAAAAAAUGUUAUCUCGGGGACAAAAUCCGGUAUGAACGAUGACGGUGGUAGCUUUCAAAAUCCUAUUGUUGUUUCGAAGGAUGAAACCGGAGCCUUCACUCCUGCUAACGGUGACAAUGAUUUGAAAAGGAAGAGAGAGGACAACGAAUCGAAUGAAGAAUUAGCAUCAUUAUUUGAUGAAUCUAAUGAAGACGCCCUUUUGGAAAACAUUAAUGAAAAAGCACUAGAAAAGGAAAAGCAACUACCCUCAAGUAAUGAUAGAUCCUCAAAGGAUCCACCAUAUAUGUGUGAAAAUGUAAUCAGAUCUUUCGGUAAAUAUCAGAAUUGUAUCCCUAAAACCCGUAGAGUCAUCACCCCUGCUUACUGGGGAGUAUUAGAUUUGACCGGAGAAAGCCUGUACGAUUGUAAACAGUUCACUGCAGAGAACAUAUUGCAAUUGUCGCAGGAUUUUGCCGACAAGAUUAAAUGGAAAACGAAGCCUGCGGAAAAAAAUAUCAUAGAUUAUUUUGAUAAUGAAUGUACGAAAAAGGUAUACGGUAUUGAAAAAUUGGACGUAAACAUCCAAUUUAUGAAAAGCGAUAUGCAUACCUUUCAAAACAUGAUGACAGAGGAAGAAUUGAAAAUGUGCUCGACCUUUCCAUUAUUUCGCGGAGUUUUUACCUCUGAUCAUAUUAAAAAUGUUUGGGGAGAAGUCCAGGCUUUACCUACUAAUGACGCACGCAAUGAGAAAGGAAGUCCUUUUAAAAGAGCGCGAAUAGGCAGGCGAGUCGAUAUGAAAAGUACUUUAGUUAAGACGGCCAAUAAAUUCGAAGUUAUAUACGGAGAAGUUGCAGGGGGAUUAGGACCUCUUGGUAUACCAACUGCUUGCCGUAAGAAGAGGUACCUUGAUAAACUAAAGCUAAUGAUAGUUAUGCGUGACGGUAUCAACCGUUUGCUAAGAGAAUGCAAACAUGUACCAAAUGACAAACGUACGAGUGUAAUCAUAUACGGCUGGCUCCAAGUUGGACUUGAACUCAAUUUUUAUGCAAUGGACUGGUGUGGAGCUGGAAUAUAUAGAUUUGGAAUGGUCGACCGUUGCAGGUUACCAUCAGACGAUAGUGACUGCGGAAUUCUUGAGGAUGCAUACUGUAUCCUCAAAUUACUUGAAGAAAGAUCACUUGAGACGGAAAAAGUAGUUAAAAAGUUUUUUUUAGAAAACACACAGAGAAAGCGACGGCAUCUUGCACCUGAAAAUGAAGCGAAGUUGACUGAAACCCGCACCCCAAAAAAAUAA